AGGCAGCUUGUCAGUCUCUUGUUAAGGCAGUGCUGCGUGCACUUAUCUCCCGGCUUUUGUUUCAGGAGCUGAAGAUACACAUCGGCGUUCAAGCAGUGCCUCAAAAUGAAACGAGUCUGGGUGAUAGGUCUUCUUGUCGCACUCUUUGCCUUUGCUGCUGUAAAGGCAGAUGAUGAAGUUGACAUCGAUGGGACAGUAGAGGAGGACUUUGGUAAAAGCAGAGAUGGCUCCAGAACCGACGAUGAGGUGGUGCAGAGAGAGGAGGAGGCUAUCCAGCUGGAUGGAUUGAAUGCAGCUCAGAUUAAGGAACUCAGAGAAAAGUCUGAAAAACAUGUCUUUCAGGCUGAAGUCAACCGUAUGAUGAAGCUGAUUAUCAACUCCCUCUACAAGAACAAGGAGAUCUUCCUCAGGGAGCUGAUUUCCAACGCCUCAGACGCUCUGGAUAAGAUCCGCUUGUUGUCACUGACCAAUGAUGCUGCAAUGGCUGCCAAUGAGGAGCUGACCAUCAAAAUAAAAUCUGACAAGGAAAAGAACAUGCUCCACAUCACUGACACCGGUAUUGGAAUGACCAAAGAGGAGCUUGUGAAGAACCUGGGUACCAUCGCCAAGUCUGGCACCAGCGAGUUCCUUAACAAGAUGACAGAGAUGCAGGCUGAGGAGCAGUCAACCUCAGAGCUGAUUGGACAGUUCGGUGUGGGUUUCUACUCUGCUUUCCUCAUUGCCGACAAAGUCAUCGUGACAUCCAAACACAACAAUGACACCCAGCACAUCUGGGAGUCCGACUCCAACCAGUUCUCCGUCAUUGAGGACCCACGUGGGGACACACUGGGCAGAGGAACCACCAUCUCACUGGUCCUGAAAGAGGAGGCCUCAGACUAUCUGGAGCUGGAGACCAUCAAGAACCUCGUAAAGAAAUACUCUCAGUUCAUCAACUUCCCCAUCUACGUUUGGGCCAGCAAGACUGAGACAGUUGAGGAGCCCAUUGAGGAAGAUGCUGAGGCAGCAGAGGAACCCGAGAAAGAGGCUGCUGAAGAUGAGGCUGAGGUAGAGGAAGAGGAGGAGGACAAAGACAAACCAAAGACAAAGAAGGUUGAGAAGACUGUGUGGGACUGGGAGCUGAUGAAUGAUAUCAAGCCCAUCUGGCAGAGACCAGCGAAGGAGGUUGAGGAGGAUGAGUACAACGCUUUCUACAAGACCUUCUCUAAGGACAGCGACAACCCUCUGGCCCACAUCCACUUCACGGCUGAGGGUGAGGUUACCUUCAAGUCCAUCCUGUUCGUGCCCACUUCAGCACCCCGCGGACUGUUUGACGAGUACGGCUCCAAGAAGAACGACUACAUCAAGCUGUUUGUGAGGAGAGUUUUCAUCACAGAUGACUUCAAUGACAUGAUGCCCAAGUACCUGAACUUUGUCAAGGGAGUGGUUGACUCUGAUGACCUUCCCCUGAAUGUGUCAAGAGAGACUCUGCAGCAGCACAAACUGCUCAAGGUUAUUCGCAAGAAGCUGGUGCGUAAGACUUUGGACAUGAUCAAGAAGAUUGCAGAGGAGCACUACAACGAGAAGUUCUGGAAGGAGUUUGGAACCAACAUCAAGCUGGGUGUCAUUGAGGAUCACUCCAACAGGACCCGUCUGGCCAAGCUGCUCCGCUUCCAGACCUCCAACAGCGACACAGAAGUGGCCAGCCUGGAGCAGUAUGUGGAGCGCAUGAAGGAGAAGCAGGACAAGAUCUACUUCAUGGCUGGCACCAGCAGGAAGGAGGCUGAGUCUUCUCCCUUCGUGGAGAGGCUGCUGAAGAAGGGCUACGAGGUGAUCUACCUGACAGAGCCUGUGGAUGAGUACUGCAUCCAGGCACUGCCCGAGUUUGACGGAAAGCGCUUUCAGAACGUCGCAAAGGAGGGCGUCAAAUUCGAUGAGAGCGACAAGACCAAGGAGAAGAGGGAGGCCCAGGAGAAGGAGUUUGAACCUCUCACCACUUGGCUGAAGGACAAGGCCCUGAAGGACAAGAUCGAGAAGGCCGUCCUCUCUCAAAGGCUAACCGACUCACCCUGCGCUCUGAUCGCCAGUCAGUACGGCUGGUCAGGAAACAUGGAGAGGAUCAUGAAGGCACAGGCUUACCAGACGGGAAAAGACAUUUCCACAAACUAUUAUGCCAGCCAGAAGAAAACAUUAGAAAUCAACCCCAAACAUCCUCUCAUCAAGCAGAUGCUGAAUAGAAUCAAUACCGACGGUGAGGACCAGACUGCGUCAGAUCUGGCGGUGGUCCUGUUUGAGACGGCUACGCUGCGCUCAGGCUACCAACUGGCAGACACAAAGGCUUAUGGAGACAGGAUAGAGCGCAUGCUCCGACUCAGCAUGAAUGUACCUCUGGACGAACAGGCAAAGGCAGCAGAGGACGACUCUGAAGAUAAAGAGGAAAUUAUGGAUGAUGAAGAUGAUGAAGAAAGCAAACCGGGUUUUGUCCACAUCCAUAGACUGAUAACAGGAAUGAGUAUAGAAAUUCCUGAAGGACUGACGGAGCUGUUACAGAGCUUUACCGUGGAAGUGUUGAGGAAUCAGCCCAGGGAUUUACUCGAGUUUGCGCUACAGUACUUCACCCAGCUGAAGGAGAGUGAGACCAAAGAGGCCUCAUUUGGCAAUGACCAAAAUUCGGCCCCAAGACCUGGAAAAGCGGUCAAUUUCAUUGACGAAGCCAUGCAGAUCGAUUCGGAAAACGGAGAGGAGGACGACGACGAUGACGAGGAAUUCAUAGCCCCGGUGAUAAACAGAUUCAUCAGAAGAGCAUCAGUGUGUGCUGAAGCUUUCAAUCCAGAUGAAGAUGAUGAGGAUAAAGAGCCAAGGGUCACCUACCCAAAAACCGAUGAGCAGAGACAGAGACUACAGGAAUCAUGUUGGGACAUUCUUCUGUUCAAGAAUUUGGAUCCGGAGGAGAUGUCUCAGGUGCUGGAUGCCAUGUUUGAGAAGUUCUUCACUGAAGGCGAGCAUAUCAUUGAUCAAGAUGAUGAUGGGGACAACUUUUAUGUUAUUGAAAGUGGGAAGUUUAACAUUUUCGUGAAGGUUGACGGUGCAGACAAGCUGGUAGGCUGCUAUGACAACCGAGGCAGCUUUGGAGAACUGGCGCUGAUGUACAACACCCCCAGGGCAGCCACAAUAAUCGCCACCUCGCCUGGAGCCCUUUGGUGCCUAGAUCGUCUGACAUUCAGGAGGAUUAUAGUGAAGAACAAUGCCAAGAAAAGGAGGCUGUAUGAGGCAUUCAUUGAAACGCUACCACUGCUUACGUCAUUAGAGCUCUCAGAGAGAAUGAAGGUAGUGGACGUAAUAUCCACCAAGGUGUACAAUGACACACAGCAGAUUAUUGCUCAGGGUGAUUUAGCAGAUUGUUUCUACAUUGUUGAGUCUGGUCAAGUUAGAAUCACCAUGAAAAGAAGCAGGACGAAAAAAGACCAGGAGGAUGAGGAGGUGGAUAUCGCCACUUGUUCUCGGGGCCAGUAUUUUGGGGAGCUGGCACUUGUCACAAACAAGCCCAGAGCUGCAUCAGCCUAUGCUGUUGGGAGCGUCAAAUGCUUGGUGAUGGACGUCAAAGCCUUCGAGAGACUGCUGGGCCCGUGCAUGGACAUCAUGAAGAGAAACAUUGCUAACUAUGAGGAGCAGCUGGUGACCCUGUUUGGGAGUAGCACUGAGAUUGAGAAACAGAGUGCAUGAGACAGCUCCAAUGGACCAUGAAUCAUGGAUGGAAAAAAAAGGCUUGUAUGGAUGUUUUUCCCCAUAAUCACUUACGCUUUUCUUACAGCAAAUGUGAAUAUCCUCUUCAACAUUUGUGUGUUAGAUAAACAAAACAGACUACGCCAGAAUCCCAUAUGAGUCAAGGUUCAUUUUAGCAGAGUUUGCCACAGAGUGUAAUGACUGAAGUGAAGUAAGCCAAAGCAGAGUUGCUUAACGCUUGUUUGAAUUAGAUUUCUCACGACUUUCACCUUAAAAUGUAAGCGUACAUUUUACUUGUAAGUGUCGGACACAUUAUUUGUUUGUAUACUGAACACUUUUGUUAACACUCACCUUUUUUCCACAGUGUUAUGGCUACACCUACAGUAUAAUAUCGUUUGUAAAUUUCUAAACAUUGUUUGUUAAAAUCAGAUGCCAAAGCUAAUUUCUUACUGGAUAAAUGUGAGCAAAUAUCUCACAAUCUCUUGUAAUUUUUGGCCAGAGCACUAACACUGGCACCAUGAGGCACACUGGUACAAACGUGCCCCAACAUGAGAAAGAAUAAACAAUUUGUAAAAGAAACAGAUUUGAUAACAUAUUUCACAUUUUGAUCAUGACAGAAUGUAGACUUGGCAGUACUUUGACAUUUUUACCAAAUACAUUUCUGUUUCUCAUAAGAUUUAAUCCCUUGAAUACAUGUUCAUAAACUGUAUCAUUGUUGGUAAGUGUGUUUGUGGCUGUUAGCCUAAUACUAUGCUUUUGCAAAAAAACAAACUUCAGAAAGAUAGCUGAUAGUUUUGUAAGAAUAUACAACACAUUGCUGUACAAUUUGAAACUGAGUAUUUACUGUUAUAAUAUAGGCCCAGCUUUAAUUUAAUAAGUUGCCCCACUAGACUGUAGUCAUUAUAGGCAGUGUCUUGAAACAAUUGGUUUUCCUGUAUUUUAAUGUAAAAUUUAAGUCAUAUUGUUUUCGUGUCAGUGAAGCAUACAUCUGAUUAUGACAUCCAUUAUUGCUGUCUACCUCUGCCAACAACGUAUACUGUUUGGAAACACAUAUUCUGAUGUUCCUAAACAGGAAUCUAAAGUGGGUCUUCUCUCUCUUCUUCUUCUCUCUCUUUUUAAAAUUAAUAAUUGAAGUCUUCUGUAUUUUGUCUGUGGUUUACUGCAGCUUAACUGUUAAAAGCUGGUUUAACAUUUAAACAUUCUGAAUUGAUUUACCCCUUUGUGCAGGUAGUGCUGGUAAAUUUUGAAGGCAAACCCAUAAUACUGACUGAAAGUACUGUAUGUUUCACUUUUCAUGUCAAUAAAAAACAUUUUUAUA